AUGGCUUUGAAGGUUACGGACUCGUUCUUCUCGAACGUCUCAGUUGCUCCAUCGGAUCCAGCAUUCGCACUAACGGCUGCUUUCAAGACAGACGCUUCUUCAAGCAAGGUCAGUCUCGGAUCUGGUGUGUAUCGCGACGACGAUGCCAAACCGUGGAUACUCCCCGUGGUCAAGAAGGCGAAGGCCAGACUGAACGAGGAUCCGGGAACUGACCACGAAUACCUUCCCAUCGUCGGUCAUGCCAAGUUCAUCGAUCUCGCGCAAGAAUUAUUGUUUGGCACCAAGGACUUGGACGUUUGCGCCUGCAUAGCCUCAGUGCAGUGCAUCUCAGGCACCGGGGCGAACCAUCUCGGAGCCAGAUUUCUUGCAGACACUCUCAAACCAUGCCGGGUAUGGAUCUCUGACCCUACUUGGGGCAAUCACCACUUGAUCUGGACAUUGGUCAGCCCGAGCCGAAACACGGACGGGGGACACAUUCAACAAAGACUUUAUCCUUACUACGAGGAGACUUCCAGGUCUUUCGACUUCGACGGCAUGAUGGAUACAUUAAAAAAGGACGCAACGGCGGGUGAUGUUGUCAUUCUGCAUGCUUGUGCCCAUAAUCCCACCGGCCUCGAUCCGUCUCCCGAGCAGUGGGAGGCAAUCGCCAAUCUUUGCGAGAGGCAGAAGCUCUUCCCUUUCUUCGACUGUGCAUAUCAAGGUUUUGCGACAGGGUCCCUCGACGCAGAUUCCUUCGCAAUCCGGCAUUUCCUCUCCCUCGAAACCAUGGAGUUUGGCGUCGCACAGUCUUUUGCCAAAAACAUGGGUCUGUACGGCGAGCGGGUCGGUGCAUUUCACCUCGUCACGUCUUCUCCCUCGUCCGCGACUCAGACACGCUCACAGCUUGCACGGCUGCAGCGUGGCGAGAUCUCAACGCCCCCACUGUACGGGGCCAGCAUCGCCGCGACAGUUCUCGGCGAUCCUGUACUCUUCGCUGAGUGGAAGUCAGAUCUCCAGACCAUGAGUGGACGCAUCAAAGACAUGCGGCGUGCUCUCUACGAUGAGCUUCGCAGGCUACAGACACCUGGGGAGUGGGACCACGUAGUGAAGCAGAUCGGCAUGUUCUCGUACACUGGGUUGAACGCCACACAAGCGAAGAUACUGAGAGACGAAUACAGCAUCUAUCUCCUUGACUCCGGACGGAUCUCCAUCGCUGGCCUCAAUACAAAGAAUGUAUGCUACGUUGCGAAUGCCAUUGAUGCUGUCGUGCGGAGGCAAGGAUGA